AUGUCCUUAACAGACUGGAAAACCCCAAUCGCCUACAUCGGUCUCGCCGCCCUAACCUACACAACCUACAAACUCACCCGCCAAGCAACAGUCUACCUCCUCCCCUCGACCCUAACGAAAACUCACAACCCAACCAACCAAAACUGGGCCCUAGUCACAGGCGCUACAGACGGGAUAGGAUUCGGCUUCUGUCAGGAACUCUGCACGCGCGGAUUUAACGUCAUUAUACACGGCCGGAAUGCCGAGAAGCUGGAACGGCGCGCACGCGAACUGGAGGCUGAGUUCCCGAUGCGGAAGACAGCCAUUGUGGUUCUGGAUGCUGUAGGUGUGACAUCUGCUGCUUUGGAUGAUGUGGUUGAUCGAGUGCGGGCGAUCACGGAAGGGGAUGGAGGGGAUUUGAGUGUCUUGGUGAAUAAUGUUGGUGGGGAGGUGAGGCCGUAUACGGCUUUCGAUGAGUAUACGUUUGAGGAGGCGGCUAGGACGAUGGAUUCGAAUGCUGGAUUUAUGAUGCAGAUUACGCGGGGUUUGUUGCCCUUGCUUCAGGAGAGGACGAGGGGACUUGUAUUGAAUGUUUCGUCGAUGACGGCGUAUGGGUUACCUUAUAUUAGUGUUUAUUCAGCUUCGAAGGGGUUUGUUGAUACUUUCACGCGAGCGCUUGAGGCGGAGGUUCACGCUGAGGGUCGGAAUGUUGAUGUCAUGGCUUUGCGUGUUGGACCGGUGCGCACUGCUAGCUUUGGUGUAAAGACCGGCCUGUUCGUUCCGGACGCGCGUGGACUGGCAUCGGCAGGGCUGAAUCGGGUUGGAUGUGGUCGGGUGAUUGUAUGGGCACAUUUCGGGCACUGGUUGCAGGGCCUUAGUCUUGAUGUGUUGCCACGGUGGGUAAUGAUGAGGAUCACGACGAUGAAGAUGAUGUCGCUACGCAAGGAGGAAAUGGAAGCGAAAAAGGCAUAG